CAGUCUCUCACCGACCCCCAUCAAUCAUCUUCAUCUUCAUCUCCAUCAACCAACUUCAAAUCACCCACAGACUCACUUUCACACUACACUCAACUUCUUUCUAACCCCAUCUACCCAAAAAACCUCUAAAACCACCAUUCAACUCACUGCAUGUUCUACCUCUACAAAAAUGGCCAACUUAUACACCUCAUCAUCUCCACCACAACCAACCGACGACAUCUCCUUAAUCCUCCAACAAAUGCAAUGUCAAAUCCCACCCCUACAACCCCUUUACUCACCCGGGUUACCCGUUUCAAACCCGAUCCACGCAGUUGAUGAUGACCCAGAUGAAUAUGAUUGUGAAAGUGAGGAGGGUUUUGAAAAUUUGAUGGAACAAAUGGUUGAAAAAUGUGAUCGGCCAAGAAAUUCUUCAAAAAGAGCUAGAGCUGCUGAGGUUCAUAAUUUAUCAGAAAAGAGGAGAAGGAGCAGGAUAAAUGAGAAGAUGAAGGCUUUGCAGAAGCUGAUUCCCAAUUCAAAUAAGACUGAUAAGGCAUCAAUGUUGGAUGAAGCAAUUGAAUAUCUGAAGCAGCUUCAGCUCAGAGUACAGAUGUUAACAAUGAGGAACGGGAUGAAUAUAUAUUCAAUGUCUGUACCACCCGGAGUUCUUCAGCCACCUCAGCUUCACCGUUCAAGAAUCGCGCUACAUGAACCUGAAAACAUGGCAUCGUUGAACCAAGAAACGCAGGUGAAUACGAUGCUCGGGUUCCCAAUGCAAUGCAGUAAUCAGAACCUGCCAUCGGUUCCUAAUCUUUCGCAUUUGAUCAGUUCGGGAUCUUCGUGUUCUUUCAGGGAAUCUUUGAUGAAUGGUGGUGGAAAUGAGGGAGGUCAGUUAAUGAAUUCACAGCAGAAAUUGGUUCUUCCGGUUGAUAUGGACGGGACUUGCACAGGAAAUGCAUCUUAUGAUGAUGCAAAGAGGUGAAGAAUGACAUUAUCUGCUAUGGUUCCAAGCUUUCUUUAACUGUUAACUUUUGACUUGGUACUUCUUCUACUACCAUUGCAAGGUGUUGUGCAUAUAUUUGCUUUGUUAUGCUCUAAACUUAGGCUGGUUAAAAUCUAAUUAGAUGUUUUUAUGGUUGACUUCUUUUGGUAACAAGUGCUUUUGUAUUUGUUUGUA